GUAGUUGAGAGCAAAGUAGCUCAUCGUCACAGUCGUCUCUGGGAACCUUAAUUAUCGGAUAUGGCCUUAAAAUUGAGGUCUGAUCCAUGAUGGAGAUGCUAUUCUUACACUCUCGCUAUCUUCUUCAUCUUCCCCUCAUCCUAAUCCUGUUAUCCAUCUCCUUUGCUGAUGCUCUGGAUUUCCUAUUCAACUCCUUCAAUGCCACUGACCUGAAGCUCACCGAAGAUGCGCGGCUAGACUCGUCCGUCGUCCGACUGACCAACGAUUCCAACCGGUAUUCCAUCGGUAGAGCCUUCUACCCUUCUCCUCUUCUCAUGCAAAACUCCUCCACUGAAUCCACUAUUUCUUCCUUCUCUACCUCUUUCGUCUUCUCCAUCCUCCCUCAGCUCACCUCUAGCCCUGGCUUCGGCCUCGCCUUCUUCCUCACCAACACCACCUCUCCCCCUAACGCCAUCGCAGGUCAAUACUUCGGCAUCUUCUCCAAUGCCACCCGCGCCUCCGUCUACCCCGUCAUCGCUGUCGAAUUCGAUACCGGCAUCAAUGUUGAAUUCAACGACCCAGAUGCCAAUCAUGUCGGCAUCGAUCUGAACAACAUUGAAUCCGCCUUCACACGAUCCGCCGGUUAUUAUAAUUCCACCAAAGGAGACCUCGUUCCCCUCGACAUGCGUAACGGCCAGAAUGUCCGGGCUUGGAUCGAUUUCGACGGUUCCCUUUUGGAAUUCAAUGUUACCAUCGCCCCCGCAACUGUGUCUCGUCCCUUUACGCCACUGAUCACUUACAAGAAUCCCGCCAUCGCUAAUUAUGUCUCCCCCAACAUGUAUGUUGGCUUUUCUGCUUCCAAAACGACUUGGGUGGAAGCGCAGAGGAUCCUAGCUUGGAGUUUUAGCAACACCGGAACUGCUAGGGAUUUAAACACCACGAAUCUGCCGGUUUUCUUGCCUGAAUCGUCAUCAUCGUCUUCCUUUUCUACCGGGGCCAUAGCCGGGAUUUCGAUCGCUUUUGCUGUAUUCCUAGUCCUCUGCUUGUUGGGGCUUUACUGGUUUUGGGAGAAGAAGAAGAGGAAGACCACAGAAGAUGAUGGGAUCGAAGAUUGGGAGCUUGAGUACUGGCCACACCGUUUCUCAUACGAAGAGCUUAGCACAGCCACGAAAGGGUUCUCCAAGGACGAGCUUCUCGGGUCUGGUGGAUUCGGCAGAGUAUACAAAGGAACCCUAAAGAACAACAACACAGAGGUGGCUGUGAAAUGCGUGAACCAUGACUCGAGACAGGGACUGAGAGAAUUCAUGGCAGAGAUAUCGAGCAUGGGGAGGCUCCAACACAAGAACCUGGUUCAGAUGAGAGGGUGGUGUAGGAAAGGGAACGAGCUGAUGCUGGUCUAUGAUUACAUGCCCAACGGUAGCCUCAACCGGUGGAUCUUCGACAAGCCCGAGAAGGUGAUGGGGUGGGAGGAGAGGCGAAGGGUGUUGGGCGAUGUGGCGGAGGGUUUGAACUACCUGCACCACGGAUGGGAUCAGAUGGUCCUCCACCGUGACAUCAAGUCCAGCAACAUACUUCUCGACUCCGACAUGCGAGGUCGCCUCGGUGACUUCGGACUCGCUAAGCUCUAUCAGCACGGCCAGACACCCAGCACGACGCGAGUGGUGGGCACGUAUGGGUACCUAGCACCGGAGUUGGCGAAUGUGGCGGCUCCAACGGUGGCGAGCGAUGUGUACAGUUAUGGGGUGGUGGUGCUGGAGGUGGCGUGUGGGCGGAGACCCAUCGAAACGUGGUCUGAUGACGAACCGCUGCUGAUCGAUUGGGUGAAGGAGCUUUAUGCAGAAGGGAGGCUAAGCGAAGCGGCUGACUCGAGGAUUGCAGGGGAGUACGAGGCGGAGGACAUGGAGGCGGUGCUCAAGAUUGGACUGGCUUGCUGCCAUCCUGACCCUCAACACAGGCCUACUAUGAGGGAGGUUGUAGCCAUACUGCUUGGUGAGGAGGUCUCUGCGGCAUCGGGGAAUUUGUUGUCGGAGCUCCCACGUGUCGUCUCCAUCCACGGCGAGGAGCCGGAGCCAGCACUACAACCUUCGGUGUGAUGGAUUUGGAUGCCCUUCAUUUUGGUUGGUGC